AUGCCCGCCUUGGUCAAAGCGAGAAUGUCACUUGGAAUGCAAGAAGAAGAGAUGAGGUCUUCUAUUCGCCUACUGCGGAAAGUCAGUCGUCAAAGGCGAAUUGAGGUUCAGGCAUGGCUCCGGUGGCACUCUUGCCAGAACGGCAGAGCCGAUACGUGGCGAGUUCACUCAACCCAAGCAUUUGGAAAGAUACACCCACAAUGCCAUUCGGCUUCGAGAGUCGACACUCCAAACCAACAAAUCUCGGCUAUCGCAUCCGAGAUCCCCAGAAAACCCAGCUGGUGCGUUUAUUUAGACCGGAGUCUAGGUGGGUUCACAUCGUGUCGAUUCGGUGAGAACCAGUCUCCACAGUACGAGACUCCUUGGCACGAGUGA